AUGGAUACCGACGCAAGCCCAAAGGAGCGCAUCCAGAUGUUCCUCGACUGGUCCACCAAUAGCAACACGAACUGGCAGAGUCGCAUCUCGCCUUUUGUCAAGCUCCAGUCAGUCAAGCCCGACGGGCCGCACCCGGGCGUCACCUUUUCCUUCACUGUCGACGAGUGCCACAACAACGCCAGCGGCAACAUGCACGGCGGCGCCAUCGCCACGCUCUUUGACUGGGCCACGUCGAUGCCCCUCGCCCUCGUCUGCAAGCCAGGCUACUGGAGCUUCAUGGGCGUCAGCCGCAAGCUCGACGUCUCCUACCUCCGCCCCGCGCCCGUCGGCACCGAGUGCCUGCUCGAGACGGAGAUUGUGUCGGUCGGCCGCAACAUGGCCCUGCUUCGCGGCACGCUCCGCCGCAAGUCGGACGGCGCUGUCCUGGCGACGUGCGACCACGACAAGGUCAACACGGAUCCGCCAGUUUCGAAGAUGUAG